AGAUACAUACAUAAAUGAAGCACUUACCCAUAUAUAUUCAUAUAUAGAAUAGAAUAUAGAUUUAGGUCAAGAAAAAACCCUUUUUAGUGUCAAACAAUUUCAAAUUUAUUGUAACAGCAAAAAAUCCUAAAAAAACUAAAAAAGCUUGCAACUUUAUGGUUUCAAGAUUAUUAUUUAUUAUAAUUAUAAUUUUUUUCAAAUAAUGGUGAAAUGGGUGUUUUGUAACUGAGCUCAAAUUUUUUUAAAAACAAUGAAUACCUCUUUUAAGUAUUAUUUAAUUUGAGGUUUUAAAAAUUAAAGAAAAAAGAUGGACGGAAGGAGGAUAACGGCGAGUCCACGGCCGUGUAGUGGGCGGAGAGUGGUGGCGAAGAAGAGGACACGUGGCAGUGGAGUAGAUGGGUUUGUGAAUAGUGUAAAGAAGUUGCAAAGGAGAGAGAUUUGUUCUAAAAGAGAUAGAUCUUUUAGUAUGUGUGAUGCUCAAGAAAGAUUUCGAAAUAUUCGCUUACAGGAGGAGUAUGAUACUCACGACCCAAAAGGACACUGCUCUAUGGUAUUGCCAUUCCUUAAAAAGAGGUCAAAAAUUGUUGAGAUUGUCGCUGCUCGUGAUAUAGUCUUUGCUCUUGCACAAUCUGGAAUCUGUGCUGCAUUCAGUCGAGAGACUAACCAGAGGAUAUGCUUUCUGAAUGUCAGUCCUGAUGAAGUUAUAAGAAGCUUGUUUUACAAUAAGAACAAUGAUUCUCUCAUUACGGUUUCAGUCUAUGCAUCAGAUAGUUUUAGCUCCUUAAAAUGCAGAACAACAGGAAUUGAAUACAUACGAAGAGGGAAACCUGAUGCAGGUUUUGCUCUUUUUGAGUCUGAGUCUCUGAAGUGGCCUGGUUUUGUGGAGUUUGAUGAUGUGAACGGAAAAGUGCUUACAUUCUCAGCACAAGAUAGCAUCUACAAGGUGUUCGAUUUGAAAAAUUACAUGAUGUUAUACUCCAUCUCAGAUAAAAAUGUCCAAGAAAUUAAAAUAAGCCCUGGCAUCAUGUUGCUGAUAUUUAACAAAGCUAGUGGUCAUGUCCCUCUCAAGAUUCUCUCUAUUGAAGAUGGCACUGUUCUGAAAACUUUCAAUCAUCUCCUCCAUCGAAAUAAGAAGGUGGAUUUUAUUGAACAGUUUAAUGAAAAGCUUCUUGUCAAGCAAGAGAAUGAGAAUCUUCAGAUUCUUGAUGUACGCAAUUCCGAGUUAACAGAAGUUAGCAGGACAGAAUUUAUGACACCAUCGGCCUUCAUCUUUCUAUAUGAGAACCAGUUGUUCUUGACAUUCAGAAACAGAACAGUGGCUGUCUGGAACUUCCGCGGGGAGCUUGUGACUUCAUUUGAAGAUCAUUUGUUGUGGCAUCCAGACUGCAAUACUAACAACAUAUAUAUAACAAGUGAUCAGGAUCUUAUCAUCUCGUACUGCAAAGCUGAUUCAGAAGAUUCUGUGACAGAAGGAAAUGUAGCAGGCUCCAUCAAUAUUAGCAAUAUUCUGACAGGAAAAUGUCUAGCUAAAGUGAAAGCAAUGAAUAGCCCAUUAUUGAAUGAUUGUAUUUGCAGCGAGAUCAACAAAGACAAUGGACCUAGUAGCAUAAUAUGCAAGUGCAACUCAAAACAGAGGAUCCAAGGUAGAAGGAUCACAAGCUCUGUUUCAGAAGCCCUGGAGGACAUCACUGCACUUUUUUAUGAUGAAGAGCGUAAUGAGAUAUAUACUGGCAACAGGCUUGGUUUAGUCCAUGUGUGGUCUAACUAAGGAUGUGUUUUGUUUGGGCAUGAAUUUGCGGGUUUGGGUAUACUUGGUUUAAGCAUAUGUUCUUUGUGGAAAUGGGGUAGAUACCCAUAGCUUUGGGAAUCCUCCAGACUCUCCAUACUCAUUCCCGUCCUACCCAUGCUUACAGUGUGAUUCUUGACAGAUAAUCAAAACACUGCCUAACUGUUGAGUUGUGUCCGUCGUUUCCCUUUUGGUUCACUCCCGCAAUCCAUCCGGAUGGAUGAAUUAUCCAAGGUCUGGUUGCAGGAGCGACAAGUAAUGCACCGUUAAAUGUUCUUGAAUAGUCAGAGAUCUGAUCCCCUUGUAGUGUGUAUCCGUACAAAGUAUUGUCGUUUCUUUUGGCUCACUUUAGAGCUGCUAAUUUCAAUUGUAUUGUCAAGGGUUUAGAGAACUCAUACUUUUUGUAAUAUUUGAGUGGGAAUUUAAUUUUAACUUGUAGCUUUCUGCUA